AUGACUGAUGCUUUGAGGCGAAAGACAAUGUUCGAUCUUAUGGCCUUGCUUACAUGCCUGAGUUUAACCAAUAAUGGUGGGCUACUAGCAGAGUUACAAGUUGAACCUAAGUUGGUUAAAGAAGUGAAGGAACUUUAUAGAACCAACACCUGUUUGUUGGCUAAGGAACAUCAACAUUGGGGACGGUUCUGUGUUCCAUCGAUCAAUAAGUUGCAAGCCAAGUUCCUUGGAGAGGCACACUGUAGUUUAUUUUCGUUCUAUCUAGAAGGAAACAAGAUGUAUCAAGACCUACGACAAAUGUAUUGGUGGGAAGGAAUAAAAAAUGAUAUAACUGAGAUCGUGUCUAGGUGCUUGGCCUGUCAGCAAGUCAAAGCAGAACAUCAAGUUUCGUUAGAAUUGAUUCAGCCUAUGUAG